AUCAAAUAUUCGAUAUCACAUCUUUCAUCAUGAGUUCGGAUCUCCGUGCACUGCGUGCACAUCUGGCAGCUUAUCGACAUUUCCAUGAUCCACAAGUCAUCAGGAACUUAGCUCGUGAGAGAAAUUCUGAGACUCCCAUCGAGACUCCAGCAGAGACCCAAUCCGAGACUGCCACUGGCACUGCCACCGAGAUUUCAACUGAGACUUCAGCUGAUGCCAAAGCAAUUCAAGCCUACAAAUCCCUCCGCACCAUCGAAAACUGCUCCAAGAUUGUCAACACCCGCAUCCCACCCAGAAGCCUCAGCAAUCGCGGCCGCGAUCAGCUUGCCACCGCGCUGUUCUGCCUCUUCAGAGACGACAUCCCGAAUAUCUACUUCCCGAUCGUCUACCAGAAGCCGGACGAUACAUGCAAGCUCUCUUACGCGGCGGCAAUCGUGGUCGAGGAUGAUGGCACCAGGCGUGUCCUCCUCCGCGGAGCACCAAGCAUCACGCCCCCUCUAGAAGAAGGUCUUUACGAUGACAAGCGCUUUCAGGACCUCCUGAUGGAGGCACAACGUAAGACCGCUGUCGUGAUCGGUUGGCUUUAGUAUGGUGUGCUGAGUGCAUGUCGAUGAUGGUAUUAUUGGACCUGAGCAUGUCGAAACUAUACUGACCG